GACGCUUGCCCAUAGGAGGCAAUACGUCCAGAUCAUUGAAGACAGUGGCCAUUAAAUUUCUGGUCAUUUAGGAAGGGAUCUGGGGAUAUGCUUAAUGCCCACUAAAUUCUCUUGGGCCUUGUCUCUUCACUAUUGCUUUCUCCUGUUCACAUUUGUCCUCUCAUCUCUCUCGUCUCUUCUGCUCUACUUUUCCUUCCCACUCAAUAUAACAUCAUCUCAGAAAUCACCCUUGAAUCUGUUCCAGUAAUCAACAAUGCCUACUUCGAAAUACUUCAAAGAAUGCCCCGAGUUUCCUUCCGAUAUAUCCAUCGCUGGCAUACCUACAAUAUCAUACCUUGAUCUCUUGGGUAAUUCUGCUGGGGAGUCUAAGAAUCUCUACGAAGCAUGUAGGGAACAAUGGUUCUUUUUCCUUGAUUUUCACAACUCAAAGGAAGGCAAAAGAAUUUUGAAAGAUGCAGAGAUAAUGUAUGACGUUAGUGUUGAUAUAAUCAACCUUGGUCCCGAGGUCUUGAUGGAUUACAAAUUGAAUAUGCCAAAAGAUCUGAACGGGCUAACUUGCGAUCGCUAUUCUCGUCAUUCCUGUUACAAGCCCGCUGGCGUACUCAAGAUAGACGACGGCAAGAUGGAUUCCAUGGAGCUAUAUACAAUCAGUCGUGAUGAGGUACUUGGGGCAAAUUCAACACGCCGAGACCCAAAGGAAUGUCAAAGGCAUCGCGAAGACUGCAAGCAGUUUUUCCUCUGCUCGCACGCAGUACUUUCCGAAGUAAUGACACACCUUGAUAAACAAUUGGGCUUGGCCCCUGGUACAUUGUCUGCUCUUUCUUCUCUAGAAAAGCCAUCGGCCACAUCUCUAUGCCUUCUUAUGGCACGUUCACAAUCCAUAGAUGACAAAAUCAUCAGUCUAGGCGGCCACACAGAUAUUGGUACUAUUACAAUUUUGUUUCAUGUAGUUGGAGAUUUCCAAGUCCACCCAGCCGGCUGUGAGAAUAUAAAUUCCAACUGCUUUGUGUACAUGUUAGUACAGUACCUGGAUGUGCACUUAUAAAGAUUGGUGACUCGCUCGUAGAAUA